AGCUCCUUUCUGAACAGGAAAGAAAAAGUUGAUUGGCUUUGCUGGAAGUGAAUAGACUGAGCAGUCAGUUCACUGUGUUGGCAGUCUGCAGCUACUACAGAGCCGGUCUAUAGUCAUUCCAAGGGACUGCGGCAAGAAGGGGAUUUGCUCCUGCACCCCUUUACCCAUCGCGAUGUCUUCUCCCAGGAAGAUCAAGGAGGAUUUAAGCUCCGAUGAAGAGGGCCAAGUGCAUCCGACGCUCUCCCCAUCUGAUGAUCACAAGAUCAAGGUCUCCAGCCUUCCUUUCAGCGUGGAAGCACUCAUGGCUGAUAAGAGGGUUCCCAAGGAGGCUCCCCAUCUACGUGGUGUGGAUGCGUCUGCGGCCGGUAGCACCCCAAGGCACCUUCACAUGGGGAUCAGGGACAGCCCAAGCCCCCCUGGGCUCACUAAAACAUUUGAAACCUCAUCGGUCAAGUCGGAAAACUCUGAAGAUGGCACCACCUGGUCGAAGGACGGGGGCAGCUAUUCCCCUCCACCAAGACACCUGAGCCCAUCCACCUGCACUUUGAGGAAGCACAAAACCAACAGAAAGCCCAGGACUCCCUUCACCACCUCCCAGUUGCUGGCCCUGGAGCGCAAGUUCCGCCAGAAACAAUAUCUCUCCAUAGCAGAAAGAGCAGAGUUCUCCAGCUCCCUCAACCUCACAGAGACACAGGUUAAAAUAUGGUUCCAAAACAGAAGAGCCAAGGCCAAAAGACUCCAGGAAGCAGAAAUAGAAAAGCUGAAAAUGGCAGCAAAGCCCAUACUACCUCCAGGCUUUAGUAUACCUUUCCCCAUCAACUCACCUAUUCAGGCUGCAUCGUUGUAUGGAUCAUCUUAUCAGUUUCACAGACCAGUCCUUCCCAUCCCACCUGUAGGACUUUAUGCUACACCUGUUGGAUACAGCAUGUAUCACUUAUCUUGAGGAGGAUGACAUAGAAAAGUUUACUGGGACCAUGUCCAAAACUCAAAGUGCCUUGAGACCAUCCAUCAUAUCAUGAGAAUGGAAGAGCCCAGCCUCUCUUCUACGGGGUGUACUCUGGAGCUAAUUGCACCCUUCCUCCAAAAACUUUAAUUACAGCAGUUCUUUCGUGCAAACUGCAAAUAUACUGCAUUGAACAGGUACCAAAAAUCUUAGAGAAAGCCUUGUAUUGGUGCAUUGCUUCUCCACCCUCAGAUCCUUGCCUUUAAUGACAAUGUUCAGGCCUAGUAUUACGUAUCAGCCUGUGCUGAAAUGUGUGAGCUUCAUUCAGCUGUACAGGACUUACUACUGCCUUUUAGGUAAAGCAAAAUAAACCCAAAGACCUACGAGAAACACUUGAUGUAAAAAAAAAAAUGUAAAUAGAAAUAACAAGAAAUAACCAUUGAAGGGGUAUAGGGUUUUGCACUUAGAGGUUAUUGAUCGGUUAGGUGCAGUAACUGAAUUAUCGAGGCUGGCUGAUUCCGGUUCAUGAUAGCGGACAAGUAAUGUAUAAAAUGGUGCGGUACUUGUGUCUUUAAUAUAUCAAUAUCUGAUGGCAAUAUCAAUCAGACUUUCACUGUGCAGCAUAAAGAUCUAGCAAAACAGCAAGCAUAAAGGAAGCAUAAAGAGAAGGGAGACCUUACUACUGCUGAGGGGCCCAGGAGGUGUAGGGGGCCCAGUAGGGAGCUAAAUGAUGGCAGUUUCUUUUUAUGUUUCUGGAAAAUAUAGUAAAACCUAAAAUAAUUUUACUGGUGGCCCAGUAACUUCUUAUUACACCACUGCAUCCAGACAUGUAUAUUUACAUAUGCACCUAUCUACAAGUUAUUCUUGGGAUUUCAGAUGUGACUAUUCAGAAAGGUUACCCUGGAAUUAAAAUAUGAUUGCCUAUUCUCUGCCUUAAAAAUGCUAUUGUAGCUCAUAUGGGCCUGGGCUAAUACUGUGCAGUAGAACUGCAAUGUGACAGGGUUACACUUAUACAAACUGACUACAUAUAGUUCUGACUAUAUACAGAACUGCUGGUUGUUUGUUCCAAAUAAAACAUAGAACAUGUGCUCCUGGGUGCCUGGCAUCACAGGGAUCCCUUAAGGGGAAACAUGUUGAUUAAAGCACAAAGGAUAAACUUGCUUCUUAUUUUAAGUACAUAUUUCAGGAAUUUCCAAACUGCAACUUUAAACUGCAACUCCCAGCGUUCCACUACCAUCGGCUGGAAUGUUUCAAGCGAGACAAUUCUAAAUUAUAUUGCAUGUUCCCUUUUGAUUUGGGGAUCCUAGACUUCUAUUCCACUGUCUCACAUUUUCAGCUCUCCGACCAAAUGUCAUACGGCUUUACCAAGCAAAUCUCUAGAGGUAAAAUGUAUGCAGUUUUGAUACUUUUUCAUUGAACCUAGUUUGGGAAAGAACAUAGUGGGGGUUGUCUAUUUUGUAUAGAAGUAAAGUCCCGGUUCUAAGAGAUUGCUUAUUUGCCAGCAAUGGCUCUCACUGAUGAAUCUUACUCAGGUGGGGGCAAGCUAACUGGAACGGAAUUGGCACUGGCUGCAGGCAAACUAUCAUAUGACCAAACAAUAUUAUGUGUACACUGCCCAACACACUGAGACUGCAGGGGUGAGUAGCAUUUAUAGACAGAGCACUUAGCACUCAGUGAGCCCCAUAUACUUUAGCUGAAACCUAUAGUCUAACCUAUUUGUUGUAUUUUUAGCAUAAAGGAGCCAUAUGCUAUUACAGGAUAGAGUAACAUGCUCAAACAAUAUGGGAGCAUAGCUAUAUCACACAAUUUGGAACACAUUCUUUUUAUAGCUAUUAGACUGGCCGCCGGGUAUAAAAUGGCAGAAUAAGUGCAUCCUUAAUAGAAUGAGCCUUCUUAUCAAGUGAGCAGCUAUUUUAUGUUUUAUAAUGCCAAUAGCUGGUGCCUGUACUUGUUCUUCCCAGCAGAUCACGCUGCAUCAAACAGGGUCAUUUUAGGUAACAAAAUAGUUGCUAUUGCUGCUCUGUCUCUGGCAAGGGCCUUUUUCUGGACUGUAAUGUUUCCAAACAAAGUUGCAAAUCUGAAAGUGAAAAUUCUUCACUGUCUACAUCACUACUCAAUCUGUUUGUUUUUUUAAUAGUGUUAACCCAAGUCCAUGAAGGUCUGAAAGAUUUGAUCAUAUUUUCAUUUUUAAUUCUAUAAUUCUUUUUUUUUUUUAAAGGGUAACUGUCAUUUUCAAAGUUAAAAUAUUAAAUAAUCUUUUCUACUGUGGUGGAUUGUGGUCAUGCUGAUUAGUCACUUAUGAAGUCUGUGUUGUUAAGAAUGAUAGUAUUGUAAAUGAUUGUCUGCAAUGAUAUCCUAUUAUGCAAUGGUGUGUACAGAGGUCCCAGGGAUGGGAAAUAUAUAGUCUGGAGAGCUUAUGCAACAGGAUGUGUGUAAUGCAAACUAACUGGAAACUCAAGUGCCUCAUAGUUACAUUUUUUGUAAAGCAUAGAACAACAAAGCCAAUGUUAACAAUUUUUUUUUGUAGGAAAUGAAUUUAUUCUCUUGAAGUCCACCAUAUUUUACUGCUGAGAUCUGAACCACUUAAGGCCCUAUCCAUUCCUUCUGUAAUUACCAUCCCUUUGAAAGGGAAGCCUUGUAAAAUGCUAUAUAUUUUAUUGAAGAGUUAUAAUUUCAUAUAUCUCUUAUUUGUAAUUAAAUUAAAACCAUGUUACAGUUGUAA